UCGGCUCUUUCCGUCCGGGACAAGAUGUCUGCGAGGAGCCGGGAGGCGAGGGGCGACCAUCGCGGCGUCCGGACACUGCAGAAGGAAUGAAGAAUGAAAAGGCCCUGAAAACCACCAUGGAAGACAGCUGGAGGCCUGAUGACCCUGCAGAACAAGGCGGCCACUGUCCUGCGCCCGCAGGGCCAUCAUACUCCGAGGCCUGGGGCUACUUCCAUCUGGACUCGGCUCAGCCUAGGCACCUGAUGAUGAGCGCCUGCGCCACCUGCCGCCUGUGCGGGGAGCAAGUGGGUGGCCUCCCCAGCUUCCAGCUGUGGACGCGGGCGCUGUGGCGGCACCUGAGUGAUGCGCACCUGCGGGAGCUGAAGAAGAGCGCUGCUCCGAGCGCGCCGCCCGCAGCGUCCUGCCCGCCGCCGCCCAGCCCCACUAUGGUUGCGGAGGGCGACUGGGCACGCCUGUUGGAACAGAUGGGUGCGCUGGCCAUGCGGGGCAGCCGGCGCGAGCUGGAGCUGGAGCGGCGCGAGGCGGCCCUAAAGCAGGCGGAACUCAAGCUGGAGCGCAAGCGCAGGGUUCUGCAGCAGGAGGCUGUCUCCUUGGAGCAGGCACGCCGCCAGCUACAGGGCGAGCGGGAAGCGCUGAGUGAGUGGAUGAAGAAGCAGAGCUCCGGUGCGAGCCCCAGUGUACAGGUCCCAGGACGGUCCUCUCCUCUGCCUCUGCUCCCCAAGGAGGACCCUGACACCGACGAUGAUGACGACGACUGUGAUCACCAAGGUCCUGCUGUAGCACGACAGCUCCAUGUGUAAACCUAACCAUAGGCUGCAGGCGUGGCAGUCCCCCCCAGUCCAGUAGCCUGGUUCCGGGUACACAGGAUGGUCCUCACAGCUACCUCCUUGCAGUGCCUUAGUCCUGAAAGCUUUUUAAGCCUGAAGGUUCUCUAAACACCAAAGACUCGUCACACCGCGAGCCUGUCAGGGGAAGGGGCGUGGAAACAAGGAUAAAGUUAUUUAUCCAGGAACUCGGUCCACUCCUUUCCAAAUGUAUAAUAGUGACCCAGCACCACCAUGUUCAGAAAGGAGCCUUGAAUAUCACUGACUCCAUGGCUCCCUGCCUUAGCCUCUAUAGAACUCACAUCGGGCCAGUCCCAAGAGACCACUUUUGUUCUGUCCCUCAUGUGGCUAACCCAAGGCAAUGAGCACCCUUUUACUUAAAUCUUUCCCUGGAUCAGACCCAGUGACAGGCACAUUCUCCCAUUUUCUUGUCUUGCAUCUUGACACCUUAUCAAGACAUCUAUCCCUAGGGAGAAUAGUUGCUUGCCUCACAGGUCCCCACUGACCUUCCCCUGAACCAGAAGAGACACCAGAGGCCACACCUCCCCACUGCCUUAGAGUCAACCCCUGUCUCAUUCCCUCCCUUUCCUCAGCCCAGUCCUCCGCAAUGCCUAGCCCUGAAAGUGGAGAAAUCCGCACUGCCCACACUUGCCACUUACAUCCCCCGUGUUUGUCUCCUGCCUUAUCACAUGCUAAGCUACCACCAAAGACCAAACAUGGUCCCCCAGCCCUUGACGUUCUCAAGUCCCUUCUUUUGGAGGCAGAACAUGCUUUCCUAGAGUUUUUUGUUUUGUUGAGAUAAGGUCUUUUUUUUUAAGGUAGAUUAAAUGUAAAUGCCUUAUUAAAAGUUUAGAAAGGCAAUCUGACCAUUAUAUUCUAUAAAAACCAAGUACAUUCUAGGACAGAUCUCUGCAUUUGACUUGGGAAAGAAAUACGUGUUUCUGACUGAUAUGAAAUGUAACACUGACAAAUUAAUUUCAUGAAAUACCACUAAUUUUGCAACAGA